AUGUCAAAAAGUUAUGAAUCACACAAUGAAGACUCCAGUUGGUUAAGUAAUAGCCGAAUAAACAUAUCUUGUGAUCAAAAUUCAGAUAAUGUUAAACGUGCACUAAAUUAUUGUAAAAGUUCUAUGCGUUCUUGUCAUUCUAACUGUUCAACAUGUAAUUGUGGAAGUCUUCGAAGGAGAAACUCCUAUCGGUAUACAGUAAAUCCAGUGUGUAUUACUAGCAAAUUUCAAGAACAAGAAGAUGCCUAUCGUGGUUAUCUCGAUUUAUUUAGGAAAGAUUGUUUAUGUGAAGUGACUCAAACAACUAAACUUGCACCAAUUCCAUCAUACUGUCCAAUGCAACAAACAAUGUGUUCAUUGAACCGUUGUCAACCAGUAUGCUGUUCAAACUUAUCAACAAGUCAUUCAGGAUGCAGCGGUAAUCAACAAGACCCAGUAUGCAGAAAUUGUGCACAUGCGUUAGUGUGUCAAAAUACGCUUAAACCAGGUAUGGUAGUAACACCCUCAACACUUUGUUAUAAUGCUUGUCCUUGUCUUCACAUGUCGAACGAUAUGUGUCCGGCGCAUAUUUCACAGGAUUAA